AUGGCACGGGGUCGCAGAAGGUCGGCCUUGAGCAGAGCGCAGCAGCACGUGGAGCGGAACACAGGAGCACGGGAAGAGACCGUCACUGAGGGUGCGAACGUGGCCAAGAGAGCAGCAGGACUCGCAAGGCAAGAGGCAGAGACCACAACUGUAGAGAGUGGACAGCACGCAGGAGCUGUAGAGAGUGCUGCACUCGAGAAAACGGAGGUUGCGCGGAACACUCAACGCGCGGUGGAGAGUCAGGCGUUGGACGGGCAUCGCUACCGGAAACGCAGGAGUGCUUGUUUAGAGAAGGAACCUGUAGGUAGAGUGCUGGAAACGAGAAGUGAGUCGAAAAUCGCUGCGGAAGAACCACACGCGGCAACAACGCGCCAAGGAUCCAAGCGAAUGCGUCGGAGCCGUUCACGUCAGCGGGCGUUGCGCGAGGCCACGGCCGGAAUGCUGGGCGGCUCAGAUAGUACAGGAGCGGAUAACGACGGCCUGAGCUCUAUCAACUCAAGCGAGAGCCGGAGCCGCCGGCGCUACCACUCGAGGUACCGACGGCACACAGAGCCUAAUACGAGCGCUUCGCUGCCGCUCGAAACGAACGACGAUAUACCCGAGGCCUCGUCGCUGGGCUUUCCCCUAGAGCACCAAAGCGGGCGCCGUCGCGGGGCAUCACCGCGGGGGCCUUCGUCGCUUCCGCCCGAGACUGGCGGAACACUUCAAGGCCUCCUACGGCAUCUAGGAGCCGGUCUGAGCGAGAUUUUGCCAUCGUUUGGCCAUGGGGGCUUUGGCGGCUCGAGCGUCCCCGCAAGACUGCGCCGCAUCGCGAGCGAGCUGCGCAGCUUGACCACGGAGGGCAACACGGAAACGGAUACCGUCGCGUUAAUGGCGUUGUUGAACGAGCUGUGCGAGGUGCUCUCAAUCGGCGUCGAGGAUGUUAUCCUGAACUUUUCCUUUGAGCAGCUGGUGAGUCCAUUAGUUUGGAUCCUGCAGAACUGUCCAGAGCUGCCGGAGCUCCUGAUUUUAGCAGCUCGGGCGCUAGCGUACAUGGUUGAAAUUAGCCCGAGCGUUGGUGCGAGUAUCGCGCAGAGCAGGGCCGUACCGGCGCUCUGCGGCUUCCUCCUCCAUGUUGAAUACAUUGAUUUAGCGGAGCAGUGCCUUCAGGCACUCGAGCGCCUUAGCUACAAUUUUCCAAAUCACAUUGUGCGCAGCGGAGGCCUUCGCGCGAUUCUGCAGCAUCUCGACUUCUUUCCGACCAGUAUACAGCGCAUGGCUUCUUCGGCUGCCGCAAACUGCUGCGCACGAGUGAACGAUUCGGCGCUCUCACAGGUAGAGGAUGCCCUUGAGCUUCUCAGUCAUCUGUUGGACAGUGAUGAUACGCGCAUUCGGGAGCAUGGAGUGACCGCAUAUGCGCGCUUAGUAGCCAACUUUAGCGCAUCGAGUAACGCACAGGAGGUUCUCAGGCGAAUUGCAAACGACGGAGGCGCCAUGGAGAAACUUGUCGCUGUUCUCGCUGCUGGUGAAGCAUCGCUUGACAAACGGCACAGAGGACUCGUACUGAGCACGCUCUCGAGUUUAGCUUCAGCGGAUGAGGGUUUGGGAACGCGAAUGCUCACGUCGCCAGCUCAGGGCGGCCUGGGUAUUGGCGCCAUCCUGGCAAAUCUGCUUGGAGUGGCAUCGGACGCAGAGGAAUCUACUUCGACUGGGCAGCUACUGGGCGCUGCUGAUGUCCAUGCAGUGCCAUUGAACCGUGCUACGCAGACAGAAACGCUGAUUGGCAGUGCACUGAUGCUCGUGGAUGCUCUCGCCCCGGAUCGUUUGCUGGUACAGCGCCUCCAAACGGUUCUUGAGUUGAACGUUCGUGCACCGAUGCAUGAUCAGACCUCCAGGGAAGGCCGCCGUCGCGCCAUAUCUGCAAUGAAAAAGACACUUUUUGCUCUUGAAUCCGAGCAAGAGAUACAGAGUUUCUCUAUGCAGCUUGUGCCAACGCUGGGCUACGUGCUCUAUGACCCUAUUGAUGAGGAUGAACGGGCUUCCGUGAUGUGUAUGAUUGAGCAUAUGCUCGAGCGCGUACAGGACCUUGGACCGCUUGGAGAACUAUUUGUGAAAGAGGGCGUGCUGCACGUGCUAGAGCAAAGUGCCGUUGAAACGGAUGCAGCGCAGAAAAUUCUCGACAGGUUCGGGGAUACGUUGCGUAGUUCAGGACGGCAGCGGAUACGGAAGCUCUGUGAGCUCGUCGAGCGCAUCAAAAAGGGCGACCACGAGUCGCUCAUAGCGCUGUUUCCAGAGCUCGAGCACUGCUCUGUUUUCGAGGUCCAGAUGUGUGGUCUGGCCGGGGCACUGGACGCGUACCUUUCCGUUCAGCCGGGCGCUGCGUCUGAGCUUGCAACGCGAUACAGUCACCUCCUGGUUGCUGCGAUAAGAGCCCCUGGGGCGUUGCGUCGUCUGGUGCGCAGUUUGGUGGCGAUUUUCACGAAUACGGAGCGCUUCCAGGUUGUCCGGAAUAUGGCAGCAAAUGGAAGCGUAUCUGCGGGCAUACGUCUACUAUCGCAGCCUUUCCGCUUGCAGCUCCAGCGCGGAGGUGGAUGCAGUGGCUCGCGGCUACGUGACUUUCCGGCUAGUUUGGUGCUCGUGGAGCCUCUCGCAUCCGCGCAGACUAUUGAGGAGUUUUUGUACGAACGCGUAACAGGCGACGCUGCGGAACUCAAUGAGCUAAGCGAUGAACCCGUAUUCGAGACCGGAACUGAUGAAAAUGGCUCCGACGAUAGUGGAGCGUUCGAGGUCGCAACGGAGUCCACAGCGGACACCAGCGACGACGAGCAUGCGAUCUUCUUUGAUGAGGAUGCGUUGAGCGGCUCCGUCGAGUCGGACGAACCCGGUGAGCAUCGCACCCGUCGCCGACAGGCUGGUUCCCGCCCGUCGCUCGCAGGUGAAACGGCAUUAGCUGCAGCCGAAGAAACCGCAUCAGGCUCUGAGGAGGACUCAGACGAGUUUUCCGAUCUCGGUGAGACUUUUGAUGAACUUGGUCCGGAGCAUGGUCUGGAAAAUCCAAACCUCUCCGGUUCAUUACCGGCGGUAGAUAUUGAAUUCUCGGACGAGGUAUCUGGGACUGGGAGCCCUGUGCGCGAACAGGAGCACAGCGGGCGCGACUCGAGGCGCUCAGCUUCAGAAACGUAUGCAGCACGAGCUGGGCGCUGUGCAGGCGCACCAUGUCCUAGCUCGGAAAUCGACCGCGGUCGUCGUUCGAGAGGCAUCAGGCUGAAGCGCGACGGGGAACGCCGGCGAGCCAGACUCUCUCUAUGUAUUCGAGGACACACGCUACUUCCGCAGGAGACAAUCUUGCACGCGCUCGUAACCACACUCGGGGGACAAGCACUGGGCCCUCGUCUCUGGUCCGAAACCCAUGCACUCACGUAUGCAGAUUGCCAGUCAUCACGAAUGGGGCAGGUCUCGAGCCAGCCAAUCUCCAACGGAGACGGUAAGCCUGGCGGGCACCAGUUUGAGGGGCCUUUUGCGGAAUUCGAGCUCGUCCAAGUGGCAGAAUUACAGUUCCAAGUACCACGGAGCUUUCAUUUGAAUGAGGUUACCGUAGCGCAGGAUGUGAGCUCGUAUCUCUCACUCCUAGGUAAGCUGUACUGGAUGAAUAACCACCAUGCCGAACUGCACGCCUGGAUCCAGGCUUCGCGUACCCAGAGCGGUUCGACCUUGGACGCCGCCUGGAGCCACAAUGUGCACUGGCCGCCUGCCGAUGACCCGCUCGUGCCAGAAGCAGAUAUUUUCGCCUCGUCCAGCUUAGAGAACAAGCUGGGCGCCCAGCUUAGUGAUCCACUGGCGGUAGCAGCAGCCGCGCUCCCGCCAUGGUGUUUCAUUGUACCGCGUGUCUGUCCGGGGCUGUUCUCGCUGCAGACGCGACGGCUGCUCGUGCAAGUAUCCAGCUUUGGGAUUGCUCGAGCGUUGAGCGCGGUGCAGACGCGUGCUGACACGCAACGGCAGCAGCAUGCCACUGCGAGUUCAUCGACGGGCCGCUCGGACCUGGGAGCGCACACAUCGGGUGCUGAGCAAGAGGCCCGUAUCGGGCGUAUUCAGCGCCAGAAAGUGCGUGUGCACCGGGCACGUCUGCUCGAGUCUGCCGAACUGAUUAUGGAGAACUUUGCCGACCAGAAAGCGCUAAUUGAAGUUGAAUACUUUAAUGAAGCAGGAACGGGUUUGGGUCCAACGCUAGAAUUCUAUUCCAUGGUCUCCCGGGAGCUGCAGCGCGUGGAUCUGAAACUCUGGUGGGAGGACUCGUCGAAGGCCGCCGAAAGGGAGCGCUUGCUCCGUUCGGGCAAGGCGCUUCCACCUGAGCUGCGUGAGCGACUUUGCUAUGUUGUCUCCGCGGGCGCUGGCCUAUAUCCCGCACCGAUCGGUCCCAGAGAGCGCGGAGCCCCCGUCCAGGAGCGCCUGCAGCGUUUCCAGUUCAUUGGUCGCUUUUGUGCCAAGGCGUUCUUAGACGGGCGCCUUUUGGAUUUGCGCUUCUCCCCAGCGUUUUGGCGGUUGGUGCGGGCGCUAGCAGAGGCGCGGUUCCUCGUUUCUGAAGGACUGAACGGGCAUAGAGCUAUAUUCCGAGCCGCAAAGAAGCGCCUCGAUUUUUCGCUCCGCCGACUCGGAGAAGUGGAUGCGGAACUCGCACGCUCCCUGCACUCGAUUGCAUGCAUGCGCGACGCCGAUGCAUGCGAUAUCGCCGCGCUCUGCCUCGACUGGACGUUGCCUGGGCAACCGCAUAUUGAAAUGCGGCCUCGGGGACGCUCUAUGACGGUGUCGAAGGAUAAUCUUGCAGACUACGUUAGACAAGUCAAAGAGCACGUGCUCUUUGAUUGUGCGGCACGACCAGCUUACGCGUUUCUCGAAGGGUUCCAGAGCAUCUGCUCGAUUUGGGCGCUGUUGGGUAUCUUCAACCCGAACGAAGAAGUCAAUGUGGUGCUCUGUGGACCCGACUUGCAUCCGUGGACGGAACAGGAGCUGCUGUCUGCGCUGCGUUUCGACCACGGAUAUACGAGCGAAAAUGUGGCGGCACGGAACUUUGUACGUGCUUUGUGCAGCCUCAACGAGGACGACCGUCGUCAUUUCCUGCUCUUCGCCACUGGUUCACCGCGUCUGCCAAUGGGUGGAUUCCACGCCCUCCUGCCACCAAUGACUGUGGUGAAACGUACCCCCGAAGCAGGCCUGACGCCGGACGAGUGUCUGCCCACGGUCAUGACCUGCACCAACUACGUCAAGCUACCCGAAUAUAGCUCUUUCGAGAUACUUUUGGAUCGUUUACUGUAUACGAUACGAGAAGGACAAAAUUCGUUUGAUCUCUCCUGA